UGUUUUUUUUCAUCGUCUAAUCCUAUUGCAUUUCGUUUUAAAAUGAGUGCUAAAAUAAAGCAAAUAAGAGAGAGAUUAGAAGAGAUUGCAAGUUUGAAGUCUGAAUUUCGUCUCAAAGAAAGAAAUGAAAGUAGGCAUGUUAUGCUUAGGGAAAGAGCGAUGACCCACACAUUUGUACAAGUAUCUGAAGUUAUCGGAAGAGAUAAGGAUAAAGAAAAUAUCAUUAGACUUUUACAAGACUCUGGUGAUAGAGGACAAGUCUCAAUUAUUCCUAUUGUUGGAGUCAGAGGUUCGGGAAAGACUGCACUCACUAAAUUAGUUUAUAAUGAUGGAGGAGUCAAAAAUAAUUUUCAACUUAUGAUGUGGGUUUGUAUAUCAAAAGAAUUUGACAUAAGAAAUUUGAUAAAGAAAAUUAUUAAAUCUGCAGAUGAUGGAAUGGGAUAUGAUGUAGAAAAGUUGAGUAAAAUGGAAAUGGAACAAUUACAAGGAAUUUUGCGAGAAAUCAUUGGUGAUAAGAAAUAUUUGCUCAUCUUAGAUGAUGUGUGGAAUGAUAACUCCAUGAAAUGGAACCAUUUGAAAGAGAUUUUGUUUACGGGUGCCAAUGGAAGCAAAAUCUUGGUAACUACAUGUAGUAAGGAAGUAGCCUCCAUUAUGGGCAACAUCCCAGCACCAUAUGAGUUAUCGGGUCUUCCUCAUGAUGAGUGUGUGACUUUGUUUACUAGAUGUGCAUUUAAAGAACGCCAAGUGAAGCGAUAUCCAAACUUGUUAAAAAUUGGGGUUGAAAUUGUAGAAAAAUGCAAUGGGGUUCCAUUAGCAGUGAAGAUACUGGCAUCACUUCUUUUUACGAAAACAGAUGAAAAUGAUUGGAAAUCUAUAAGAGAUAGCGAGUUAUGGAGAAUGAAGCAGAAUGAAAAUGGAGUUUUACCUGCAUUAAGAUUAAGUUAUGAACAAUUGCCUACUUUUUUAAAAAAGUGUUUUGCUUAUUGCUCUUUUUAUCCGAAGGACUAUCAAUUCAAUCAUUUUGAGUUGAUCUAUUUUUGGAUGGCACAUGGACUUCUUGAAUCAACAAAUGAAAAUGAAGAUCUAGAAGAUAUUGGGUUGCACUAUUUUCAGGAGUUGGCAUCUAGAUCGUUUUUUCAAGAUUUUGAGGAAAUGGGGAGUCUUAUUAUUCUGUGUAAAAUGCAUGAUCUAGUACAUGAUUUUGCAUUAUCAUUGACACAAAAUGAAUUUUCAGCAAUAACCUCAAGCACAACACGUAUCUCAAAGAGUGUUCGCCAUUUAUUAUUUCCCAACUCCGCUUCACUUCCUCCGGAUCUUUCCACACUCUUACAAGGUUUAGACCAUGUGCGGACUGCUUUAUUUAAGAAUGAAGAAAAAAGCCUUAGCAGCCAAUCAGCCUUAGAUUUAUGUUUGUCAAGAUUUCAGUAUUUGCGAAUGCUGGACUUGAAUGGAUCCACAUUAGAGAUACCACUGGAAAGGAUUGGGUGUUUAAAGCAUUUGAGGUUUUUAAUUUUACCUGAAAAUUCUGAAAUUAAAAAGGUCCUCAAUUCUAUUUGUAAGUUACAAAAUUUACAAUUUUUAAUGCUUCGUACUGAGGAGUCACCCACAGAUAUAAGGUACUUGAUCAGCCUUAGAUGUCUAUUUUUUUCAACAAAGCAGAAGUGUUUGGAAAAGAAUGAACUAGGGUGCUUGACAUCUCUUAGGUGUUUGGUCAUUGAAAGCUGUGAAAAAUUAGAAUACUUGUUUGAAGAUAUGCAUGGCCUCAAACAUCUUCAAACACUGAUUAUUGGUGAUUGUAAAAGCUUAAUAUCUUUGCCUCGAAGUUUGAAAUACCUCACUACAUUAAAGACUCUUCUUAUUGACAAUUGUGAAAACCUCAAUUUGACAAUGGGGGAAGGGAAAGACCGUCAAGACUUGGCCCGAUUCGGCCUUCAAAAGCUGAUACUUAUGCAGUUGCCAAAGUUGGUGGAGUUUCCAAAAUGGCUUCUCCAAGGAUCCACCAACACUCUGCAACUCUUAAAACUAGAAAGUUGUGAAAACCUAAAAGAAUUGCCUGCAUGCCUACAAAAUAUUGUGUCCCUUCAACGACUUAUUAUUGAAGAUUGUUAUGGAUUAAGCAGAAGAUGUGAACUUGGAAAAGGUGAAGAUUGGUCCAAGAUUGCUCAUGUCCCUAAAAUUGUUAUUGAUGGUGCCGACAUCGAUUCAAUAGACAAUUAGGUCCAUGGGAGCUUGUGAGGUACUGUCCAAUUCAACUUUUGCUAUGCCUGUUGUACAUGACAACAUUCUUCUUCUCAUUUGGGUUUUAACUUAUGAGGCAGAUAUCAUGGGAACUCGGCUGAAAAUACAUCUGUUUUAAUGUUUGUGAAACUUCUUAUUCUACUAUUUGUAUCUCCAAACUCUUCUAACUUUUAUUUUUAUAUUGCCAAUUAUUGGAUACUCUUUUAUCUUA